AUGAUUCAGCGAAUUGCAUUAUUUUACAGCAACCAUAUAAAAAACUACCUGUUUCCCAAUGAUGAGGGGUCUGAUGAAGACUAUAAGAACCUGCACUAUAAGAAGAUUAGACUAGCAGGCCAGGACAUUCAGAACACAGAGCUGCCUCUGGAGAAGAGAGUACUGGCGGUCCACAACAUUGGCCUACUGGGAUACACAGGUAUAGUGUAGAAUAAGAAACGGGUGUGCUUAAUGCUUCCAACCUUAUUCAACACUUUGUAAUGUAGUAAACUACACUGCUCAUAAAAAUAAAGGGAACAUUAAAAUAACACAUCCUAGAUCUGAAUGAAUGAAAUAAUCUUAUUAAAUACUUUUUUCUUUACAUAGUUGAAUGUGCUGACAACAAAAUCACAGGGCGCCAGUGGUGAAUUUGCCAAUCUUGGUGUUCUCUGGCAAAUGCAAAACGUCCUACACGGUGUUGGGCUGUAAGCACAACCCCCACCUGUGGACGUCGGGCCCUCAUACCACCCUCAUGGAGUCUGUUUCUGACUGUUUGAGCAGACACAUGCACAUUUGUGGCCUGCUGGAGGUCAUUUUGCAUGGCUCUGUCAGUGCUCCUCCUGCUCCUCCUUGCACAAAGGCGGAGGUAGCAGUCCUGCUGCUGGGUUGUUGCCCUCCUACGGCCUCCUCCACGUCUCCUGAUGUACUGGCAUGUCUCCUGGUAGCGCCUCCAUGCUCUGGACACUACGCUGACAGACACAGCAAACCUUCUUACCACAGCUCGCAUUGAUGUGCCAUCCUGGAUAUUUUUUUGAGCAGUGUAUAUUGAUUGAAGUAAAGAGAAGAAACCUGCAAUCACUAAAUAGGUCCAUCUCAGGGCUCUCCAACUCUGUUCCUGGAGAGCUAGCCUCCUGUAGGUUCACCGCAACCCCAGUCGUAACUAACCAGAUUCAGCAGAUCAACUAACUAAUUAUUAUAAUCAAGUGCACUAGAUUAGGGUUGGAGCUAAAAACCUACAGGACGGUACCACUCCAGGAAUCGGGUUGGAGAGCCCUGUAUCUAUCUAAUCAACACUUAUCUUGACUGUAGCAGAGGCUACAAAGUUCACUUUAACAACAUAAUCUAUUGUUUUAACACUAAUGGAUAACCAUUCUACAGGCGCUCCGCGUAAACAGUAUUAUGUAAUGUUUUCUGGCGGCAGGUCGCAUAGUGGUUAAGAACGUUGGGCCAAUAACCGAAAGGUCGCUGGUUAGAAUCCCCGAGCCAACUUGGUGAAAAAUCUGUCGACGCAAUUAACCAGAGAUUAUCCAUUGUAUUGCCGCUCUAACAAUAAAAAUAAAUGUAUUCAAAAAUGGAAUGCAGUCUGAGGCGGCAAAAUCAGGCGGGACCAUUCUAGCCAAUAAAAGGGUAGAUACACGUGUGAACAGGCAGAGCGGUUUCUGCUAGUUACCACAGCCAAAGUCCAAAUUGGAGUUAUUGUUGAAAAAAACAAAUUUUAGAAAUAGGCGGGGUUUAUGCCUUUGUGGCUGUGGUAACUAGUGAUGACCAGGCACAAGUCCGAUAUGAAGUGUUUUUUCUCUCUCAAAGUUGCAGGGAUGUCGUGUGUCCUACUAGUAACAACUCAAGAAUUACGAAACUUAUAUUUGAUCAAAUAAGCCUACGUAGUAAAUAAGCCAUAUCAUUUUUUUAAAAAUCCAAAUUCGACUCUCCCAAUGACCGCCAUCCAAAAACUCCUCGCUUGGUGAGCGAAAAAAACACCACUUGCAGGAGAAAAACAGAUUUUGGGCCCAGUCAAUCCUCUCGCUUAGUCUCUUCCUCUCGGACCUCUCGGUAAAUUUAGUUUUAGUUAUAGUGAAACAACUCAAUUCUGGUAUUCAUUUUGGAAGUUUGUUGCAAAAGUGAUAUUUUUAUUAUUUUAUUAGUAAAUCUAAUCACCCCCCCCCCCCCCCCCCCCCCAGCGGUUAAACUCUACCAUUGAUAUUGUGAUGUAGCGGCACCAUGUCAUCUCAAGGGAGGGGUUCGGUAUGAAAUACUCUCCCUUCAAGGCCUACUAUAAAAGCAGGUGACAGCGCCUUUAUUAUUUGGCAAUUGUCUUUCUAAGUGGUGUGGCAAUAUAUUUUGCAAGACGCUUCCUUGACUCCAACUGCUUGACUAAACUGACAUUACACCAAAUUCAAAAGGCAGUAAGGCACAUUUCCGCAUAUGACCAAAUGUAAUGUUUUUGCUUAGUUUCUGAUUGGUCGCGUAGUCCGGUAAAACAGGUGACUCGUAGCUCAAUGGUUGAGAAUUCUAAACCCACAUAUCCUUAUUUACAAUAUUCAUCCUGUGCCCACACACUCACACUUGUAAUUCUGAAAAGUGAAAGCAUACCUGUCAGAAGGGGUCGCCCUGGUAGGUUUUGAUACAGUACCCAAAAUCAAUCUGAGAGUUAAUUUUGACCAUUGGAAAAAUAACUAACUACUGCAAUGCAGGUUGGAUUGAAUUGAGCCCCUACAUUUUCAAGGUGAUUGCACUUUUCCCAACACAAUACUGCAGUUUAUGAGAGUCUCUACGUUGAGGAUUUUUUUUGCGCCCAUGGGGGAUUUGAAUUUACACAGCAAGUGGCAAUAGAUGUCCGGGCGCGUUACCACUAUGAGCUAACUGUCCAGAGCCGUAUCUGCUCUUGAUGCACAUUAUUUUAUCAUCAGAGCAUGCCAGUGGACUUCUGGUAAGUAUGCUUUAGUGAGAAAGUGUUGGAAUCAGGUACAACUACGUUUACCCACCCCCCAAAAUGAACAUUUAUAAGCAAUUCCACCCAACCCACAACUUCACACCGGAAUGCAUUUUUAAAAAUUAAUUUGAAGGGGUUGGGCAGAGGCUGAAAUUGGGGUUGAGAGUUAAACCCUUUAACCUUAAUUGCUCCUGUAAAUCGCUCUGGAUAACAGCGUCUGCUAAACGUUUCGACAUCCAAUUGCCGUGGUGAGGUACAACUCCUUUGGGCUAAUUAUACCUGUUUGGGCAUACAUAAACAAUGGAUUGUUUUGGUCUCAGUGUAUGCUAAUUAAAUGAAGACAGCCAAAUGCAUGUCUUUCGCACCACUGCACUGCUCAAAUAAACUCCAAGAUUAUAUUCAGUGUCUUGUGAAAUCAAAGCACAUUGCAAAGCCAUCGUGUCAAUGUUUGCUACAUAAAAAGUAGAAUCAAAGCAACCGAAAGAGGACCAUUGCCUCUGAAAAGUAUUAAACUAUUUUGCCAGGUGGCUACGCAGCAGCAAUCUGUGCUGCAGAGUACAUGCCCCUCAUGGCAGACUUCCUCAAGCAGCCCAGCCUGUCAGAUGACCAGAGGAUCUCUGUGCUGGAGGGGCUGUCUGGGGUCUGUUACGUCCACCUGACCAACCAGAAGCAGGCCCACUCAAUGGGCCUCUACACCACACUACAGGUAGGGACAGCAGGUAUCCUAGAGCAGGGGUAUUCAACGCUUACCCUAUGAGUUCCAGAGCCUGCUGGUUCUGUUGAUAAUUCAUUGCACCCAGCUGGUGUCCCAGUUCUAAAGCAGUCACUGAUGAGUGGAACAAUUAAAUGCAGUGGAACAGGCAUUGCAGUGGAGUUGAGUUUGAAGGGCCUAGAGGUUAGAGCUGCAGGUAGGGACAGCAGGAGCAGUUAGAAACUCUGGUUCUGGAUGGUCACCUGCCAUUGUAGCCUUGAGCAAGGCACUGAACCCAUAAAAUUUAUGUUUGGCAUAAAAUUAACACAAAAUCUGUCUAUGACAAUUCUGUACACAAUCUUCUCCUACAGGAGCUGAUGGACACGACCUGCCCACUGUCCACCAAGACUAAAAUGUGGAGCUGCUACUUGCUCAACAUCCUGUGCUGUAACAACAUCCCAGUUAUACGCACCCUGGUGGGGUCACAAAGCCUGAGGCUGACCCUAGAGGCUCUGGAGGGACAGGACUGGUACGGUUGGCCAAAGAACUACGCCAGGGAACUGCUCUGUAUGCUAGGGUUCUGGACACCACAGGUUGUUACAACACUAGGCGCAGGACAGGUUGCGGAGCAAAACUAUGGCUCUUAA